AAGUCCUUUUUUUGAUGAACGAAUCGGCGUUGCAUACGCGGCAGAAAAAAAAAAAUUGGAAAGAAAUGAGAAAUUCUCGUGACAAAAUUUUAGUCAAAAUUCUAUAAAAUGAGACGUAUACGCCGGAUGUUUCUUUCGUCUGAAAUUUGAAGAAGAAUUAUGUGAUGAAGACGAUGUAGAGGAUUUUCUUCGUCUUUGAUUUCAUGCUCAGGAUUAUGUUGCCUUGUUGGGAAAUUGAAUAUUUGUGCUUGUGUGGAGCAUUUAGUUUUGAUUCCUGCUUGAGAGAUCCUUAAAUGUGAGACAUUGUGCUCUCCGAAAACAAUUUAUUUAUGUUAGGCGGACAAAGUUUCAAUAGGGUUUUGUAUUAUGACCAAAUGUGAGCACUUAUGUUUGUUUGGAACAACUACUUCGCUUUCCAGUUGAAAAGUUAUUCAAUGCGUGGGUUUAUGUGUCUUACUCUUGACAACAAAUAUUUUGGUUUUGCCAAGAAACUCUGAAUAGGAAUUAUCUAUAUUCUGACAUAAUGAAGAAUGGUUGUUCUGUAAUUCUUCUCCUGAGUCAUGAAAAAGGGUUAUAAUCCACAGAGAGAAAUCCAUUCAAGUAACGAUUUUCCAAGCUGUAUGGGUGGCUUAUUGAACCUUUUUGAUUUUAAUCAACCUCAUAAUGGGAGGAAGUUCCUCACAGAUAAAAGACAUUCUGAUGGCUUGGAAGCCCCUAGAAAUAGCUUGGAUGUAUCCUUGGAAACAUCUCACACUGGUGGGAUAAAAAAUGAAGAUAUACCAUAUGCAUAUGAAAUGAAGAAGAUACCAAGUACAAGGAAGAAAACAAGUGGCAUGCCAAUCAAGACUCUGAUAGCCCAAGAAAUGUUGAAGGAGACAGAUUCAAAACGACGAACACCUAGUGUUGUAGCGCGUCUGAUGGGAUUAGAUGCAAUGCCAGGUGAAUCUGUGUCAGCACAACAUAUAAAAUCAGCAGAGAUCCAUCCACAGAAAAAGAUAUUUGGUAAGCAGCAGCAAGAAGCUAAAUCAUCCCAUGAUGUUCAUUUUUUCCAAAGGAAGUCAAAAGGUAAAGCAUCUAAACCUCCACAAGAACAAUGUCUACCAAAUCCUAGCCAAGAUGAAAUGGAUAAUCAUUAUCAGAGGACAUCUUUAGGGACUCGUCCAUUUCGAGAUCAUCCUCAGGAACAUCAGCUACAAGAGUUUAAGAAACAAUUUGCAGCCUGGCAAGCCUCAAAGUUUCAGGACCAUUCAACACCUCGCCAGCCUGAUGAAAUCAACAGAAAACUAUCUGAGAAACAAGCACUUUUACAUGAAAAGCUGAAUGAGGCCAAGAUGGCUCUUGUACGUGAUAAGUUUAUUGAUGCUAAGCGCCUUGCAACUGAUGAGAAGCUUCAACAAUCUAAAGAGUUUCUGGAUGCACUUGAAGUUUUGCAAUUAAACAAGGACAUGUUCCUGAAGUUUCUUCAGGACCCAAAUUCUUUGUUUGCAAAGAAUACUCAGAAUAUUCAGUCUAAUUUAGGAACUGAAGAAGAACAGUUACCAAAAAUGAAGUCAUUAAGCCCAGCAAAAAGACGUGAAAUGUGGAGAGAAAAGGAUCACAGACACACAAAAAUUUCCAAAGAAGGGAAUAAAAAUGAGAAAAGACUUCAGAGGCAAAAGGGCCACAAAUUUUUUUCAGAAAGAGAAGAUGUUCAGCACGUAAGAACCUUGUCCCCCGACAUAUCAUUGCCAGUGUGUACCAUGCAUGAACAAAAAGACAAUUACCCUUCAAUGUCUUCAGACAGUAAGAAAAAUUCUUCUUCCUUGCCAACAAGAAUAGUCGUCUUAAAGCCUGGUCCAGGGAGGCCUCACAAUUACAGGAUGAUUCCAUCCCCAAGCUGCUCUCCACAUUCUCAAACUGAGCUUCAGGAUUCAGAAGUGAGGGAAACACGUACCACUCAAGAUUUUCUUCAAGAAGUGAGGGAAAGGCUUAAAUUAAGUUUUGCAGAGAAGAAGAAAGAUGAUUCUAGGAUUAUCGAGGAAGGUGUGCAGGAUCAACUUUGUAAUGGACAUAAGGAUCCAAGGCAUAUUGCUCAACAGAUUGCAAGGCAAGUCAGGGAAAGUGUGACACGAGAUUUGGGAAAUGAUAUGUCUCAAGUGGGGGAUAUUUCAAUGUUGUCUAGCUUUACUGGAAAGAAAAGUUUACCAAGUAGAUCAACAAAUACAACCAGAGAUGCAGACAUUGGCAGUUGUACAGAAAUUUCCGUGUCAGAUGCCAUCCAUUCAUGGGAGCAUGCAAACAGGUCUAAUCCACCUGUGUCAUCUUCCAUUAGCAAGCCUUCUGAUUUGCCUAAAUAUGAAAACAACGAACCAAGGAAGACUAUGCCUGGAAGGCGAAGAACUACACAGUGGGAGGAAGAAGAGCAGAAAUUAAGACAGCAGCAAUUAAGACAAAUAUCAUAUACAUUAGGGCAAGUGCUUUCUAUUCCUGGAAACAAGAAACAUGUGUCCCAGGCAAACAGACACCAGCAAAAUAAUAGAGGCAGUGCUGGUGAUGCUGAAAGUGACAUAUCAUGUUGUGAUAUGCAUGAAUCAGGAAGCAAAUUUAAAAAGUCAAUUAAGCAGGAAAUUGAUGCCAAGCAGGAAGGUUUUUCAGCUGAUAUCAAUGUAAAUGAUUACAAGGGUGCUUCACCAUGGAGUCCAGCAGCCAAAAAUUUUGAGAGCAUAAAUAGUGAGGGGCAAAAUAAUGCAUCUUGUGUGAACCCCAGCAGUACCAAUGAAAUUGGUCCUGAUAGACCUGGUAACAGCCUUCCUGCUGAAUCAAUCAAAUUUAGGGUUGAAAAAUCUAGCUUCAAGGGAAAAGUUUCAAAUUUGAAAGAUAGCUUGCUGAGAGGGCGAAAGUCAAGUAGCAAGAAAAUGAAUUGUGCAGACACUGGGCAACCAAAUAAUUGCAUUGAAACUCAUCCAAAUAAUGGGUGUGAUCUACAUCAUGAAGCACCUUCCAAUUCAAAUAGACUUGAAACAUCAGAUGAUUUACAUGUUCUAUGCCCACAGGAAAUUUGUAUGCCAUCAGUAGAUUGUCAUUAUGCUGAUGUGGCAACUAAACUACUAGAGAGUUCUCCAUGCAGCACACACAGAACCUUGACCAAAGAUGAUAAAGGUUCUGAACAAUGUCUUAUGGAUACAUUAAAUUUGAUAUCUGCUUCAGCAAAGGACAAAAAUAUGUUGUCUGGGACUGAAAUUGAAUGUGCUGUCAAGGAAAAUUUACCUGGAGACGAUGUACAGAUUACUCCAUCUUGUAGACAAAUGGAGGACCCGCCUCUUGGUGAAACCAACACUUCAGAAAACAUUGAGAAAGUUGAACAUCCAAGUCCUGUAUCAGUUCUGGAGUUGCCUUUCCAAGAACAAUCUCCCAGCCUUAACGGGUUUGAGAAAAUAAGUUCAAAUCUUCAAGAAUUGCGGUUACGUCUUCGCCUUCUUAAGUUUGAUGACUCUGAAAAAAUCCAUCAUGAAUCAGAGAACCUUUCACAAGGGGAGACCACAGUGUUGGAGGACCGUGAUAUUGAAGUAGCUGGCACUGAUAGUGAAAAUACCUGUACAUCAUCAUCUGAGACAGAGCAUUCACCUGCCCCAGGAUUUCCAUUUCCUGAAAUUGAGAAUGUGGAUAUUAUAUCUAUGAUGAUAAAGCAUAUUCCAUGUCCAGAAACACAAAGUGCUGAUCUACUGUAUGUUAUAAAUGCACUUGUUGCUUCUGGUUUCAGUGGCAACGCUGAUACAGUUUUUUCACAGUGGCAUUCACCAAGUAAUCCGAUGGAUCCCUCUUUAUACAAAAAAUUACAAGGUAAUGAACAUGGAAAAUCAGAUUCUGUUUGUGAGAUGGAGUCUUAUAGAAGUGAGUCAGAGGAGAAACUCCUUUUUGAUUGCAUAAAUGAAGUGCUAUUGGAAAUACUUGGGCCAUUCUUUAACCCACGCCCUUGGGUGAAGCUAACAAAAUGGAAGUAUCAACAGCAUAUGCCUGUUGGUAAUCAGCUUUUGGAAGAGACAUGGCUAAAGCUUUCAUAUUACCUUUACCAACAAUCAGAUAUGGAGUAUACACUAGAUAACAUUGUAGGAAAAGAUCUUGACAGAGACAACAGGUGGCUGGAGCUGCAAGAUGAUGUUGAAAUGGUAGGAGUUGAACUGGAUAAAAUGAUAUUUGACAAUUUGAUUGAGGAAGUUUGCUGUGAUCUACUCUCUACAUGAGGAGCAUCUUACAUCUAGAGCUUGUAAAGUAAUAGUAAUUUUCUUCAUUUUUGUGAAUUUGAUAGAGAUCUAUUUGCUGAGGUCGAUGACCUCAGCCAUUGGCAAGCGCAUGAUACAGAGAUCUUAUUUUGUAUCAAGUCUUGGCAAUAUUGUGUCUUGUUCUCAUGGCGUAGAAAAAUUUAUUGUAUGGGAAUAGGGCACAGAACGGAUAUUAUCUUUACCUAUAAUUAAUUGCAUAUAAAAUUAUAUAUUAUUAUUAA